GCCAAUGGUGGGACUGAACAACAUGUUUUGCAUAUCACGUGACACUGCAUUAACAAAUCAACAAUUCAUUUUCCUUUAUUAUUUAGCAGUCGCUAAAAGGGUUGUAAGAAGCGUUUGAGAGAGCUUCAUGGAAAUGUGUGAGCAAAAUCUUCUGAAUUCUGGCUAUGUUGGUUCUCUGAAUUUCCCUAUUCCGGAGUCGUUAUAUUUUUCCAACUUGCGGAGCAAUGGAGCUCAUCUCCCCCAGCUGCAUCAGAUUUCCUACAACAGGCGAGAGGUGUGCUCGCUCCCGUGGACUUCCCCAAAUUCGUGCACAUCUCCGCCUCAGAGCCGCGCCUGUAGUGGCUACUCUCCGCCGUUUCUACACAAUUCAGUGCCUGUAAAUACUCAUCCCAACGACCACAACAAGGGACCAUUUGACGAGUCCAGUAAAUACUACUUUCAGGAUGUAAACCACAAACCAGAAGAACAUGCUAGACACUCGCAUACCUUUUAUGGUGAAGAUGGAGUUAUCCGUUCCGAUAGCUCGAAAUAUGCAUUUUCGAACUUGGACAGGCGGUCACAUGAUUCCGGUGCACAACACGAACUGAAUUACACCAACCAGGCAAUUGCCUCCGGCAUCAAGCAGUCGGCCAAUUCAAUUGCCCGACGUCAACCAUCUGCAAGUAAUGCAUGUGCCAGAACUGCUUUUUCUGAUGGCGCACCCUGGUGCUCUUCACAAGCGAAACUGAGAAAGAAGAGAAAACCAUACACAAAGCCACAGCUUGUUGAACUUGAGAACGAAUUCAUGAUGAACGAAUUCGUAAACAGGCAAAAACGGAAGGAACUAUCUGACAGACUGGAGUUGAGUGAUCAACAAGUUAAAAUAUGGUUUCAGAACCGCAGAAUGAAAAAGAAGAGACUAGUGAUGCGCGGGCAUGCGUUCUCCAUGAACUGAGAGCCUUGGGCCCUGAAAGUGACCUCGUGCGGAUUCUGUUCAGACAAGCUUCAAACCUCAAACUCUAUUUAUUUUCAGAAAGGCACAUAAUUAAACUUGUGUUUUGUAAAGCAUGCGAUUUAGGUUAAUUGGAUACAUCUAAUUAUUUUGUUCAAUGACCACACUUAGUAUUUCUGAGCGUAUAUCUCGUAUAACGCUCUUAGAAAAAAAGGGGUUUAUUGUGUUUUUAUAUAGAACUUUUAAUAUAGCUAUGCAAUAGUUUAUUUUUGUAUUUCUGCAGUAUCAAAAUGAACGUUUAUUUAUAAUUUAAUCUCUGUAGCCUACAUGUAUAAAUUAUGUAGGAUAUGUCGUAUUGUAUUGACGAAUAAAAAUUGAUGAUAUGGUUAGAAAUGGAUAUUGCACAUAUCUGAUUGGACGGGUCAGUCCUGCCUGAAAUCAAACUGGGCCUACAGGAAUUGCUCGUCCAAGCUCAAGUUCGUAUUUGUCGGUGGUUUAAUGAACCAUGAAAAAUAGUUUUUUGGAUUAUAUAUUUUGUAAGUGUUUGUAUGUCUAUCGCAUGGCUAUAAUAAUUGUGUGUAAAUGUAUUUUUGUCUUAUUUUUUUAUGUAUGCGUAAUCAUAGGCUAUAUAAUGCCUUCCGCUGUUGGCGCUGCUAUCGAAUGAGAGCUCUUGGGUAAGCUAUAGCGUUCUCUCUAUAUUAAAGUAAAACUGCCUUGGGGGUCCAGUUAAUGAGUAGACCUCAUUUGAGCUGUUUACUGGCUCAAUGUUAGUAUCAUGUGUGAUAUCGGCUAAAUAUAUAUAUAUAUAUAUAUAUAUAUAUACUUAUCUAGAAAAGCAAAAAACAUUUUCAUCAAUUCAUACAAUUCCAUGCCGACUAGUGUGUGUAUUAUGCACAUGUAUACAUUCGUGUAGACAUUUGAGGCUACAUGAACUGCUCAAAAUUCCACGCUAACACAAGUGGUCCAUGCUAUUUAAAUAUCUGUCUAGCACGUACACGAGGGCUAUUUGAUCAAGUGGCACAUCAACCACAGAUAGGCUAUUCCUAUAAAUAGACCUACAUGAAUUUACUACUUACUGAAUAUAGCUCUAACUCCUUAGCCUAUACGAUCUUCAUGGUUUUGUUUGCUAGUAAACCAUUUAAUUGAUUUAUUGUUACGUUUAGAAAUGGUUAUAUGGUUUUCGAGGGAGUAGUUUGUAGGAUAUAUUUUAAUCUUUGGUGUUUGGGGCGACCGGUUAGGAGCGUUGUGCCAGUAACCGACAGGUCUGUUGAUGUGCCCUUGAGCAAGGCACAUAGCCAUAAUUUAUCCUGUAAAUCGCUGUGGAGAAGAGCUGUCUGCUAAAUGACUAAAAUGUAUAGGCUAUACGUGUUUUAAAAAUAUAUAUAAUUAUUACCAAAAUAAGCACACACGUACUUAAUAAAAUGCUUUAUUCGAAGUGUUCUAGCUCGAACUUUGUAAUGGUCCGUUAUUUAGCUCAUAAUUCUGAAAUUAUAUUUUCUAGUUUUACAAUCUCAUUAUCUGACAGGAUCAAAGGGGAACGGUGUGUUCUCCCAAGGUCUUUUUUAUGAGAACUCUGCUAGAAUACGUAUGCUCGUGCUCUUCAGAUAUGGGGGCGCCAAAACAAAGUUAAGGUCAAGUUAGUAUCUUACAACAACAAAAAAUACCUACACAAACUUUAAGCAGAUAGUAAACUGCCUUCUCAUCAUUCAAAUUGUUUUAUUUUUUUGUGUGGUAUUUGCAAGGACUAUUUCAUGACGCAUCCGGGCCUGAAAACAAGGCCUGAAAUCAAGGCCCAACUCGUCCAUUUGGUCAACAACAACUGUUUUGCGGUUUACUCAUCUUUUCGGUGUCAAUCUGUGUUCAUUGCCAAUAGUAAUUAUUUUGCAUACGAUAUUAUUGGUAGUAUAGGACUAGAUAUUGUUGUUUUAGUACAUGGGUUGCAAUAAAACAUAUAUUUUUUCCCCUCUA